GAAGAGGGGCGGAGGACUGAGAGGGAUCUCCCCGCCUCCGUUCCCCUCGGUCCAAUCCCUUCGGCUUCUGCUUCGGCUUCGCCAGCGCGGCCCGGGCCCUAACCUGCUCGAACCCAUUAUGCCGUAGAGGCCGUCCGGGGCUCUUUAAGGCCCUCGCCGCGCCUGCGCCCUGGGCUUUCUUGAAGCGGCUCGACCAGAGCCGGGCGGAGCUGGCGGGCGCGGGGCUGCGCGGGGUUCUCCCGAGUCGUCGGCGGUACGGUGGAGGGUCGCGGGCAGCUCCGGGUUCCCGAGCGGGAGGCGUGCGCCGGGGGACUCGGGGAACGCGGCCGCGGAGGCCGAGUCGGGCCGAGGCGCUGGGAGGCGGCGGCGGCGGCGGCACGGCCGCCGGCUGGAUGGGAAGUUCAUGUUGACGGCAGAGUCCACCCCAGGUUUCCAAGGUGGCGACAGACAAGGUGGCAGAAAAGCUGAGUUCUACUCUCUCAUGGGUGAAGAACACAGUAUCGCACACAGUCAGUCAGAUGGCCAGUCAGGUGGCAAGUCCAUCUGCCUCACUACACACCACAUCCUCGUCUACCACACUGUCAACACCAACACAGUCACCAUCUUCCCCAUCAAAGUUGAGUCCAGACGACUUAGAACUCCUGGCUAAGUUGGAGGAACAAAACAGAUUAAUAGAGACAGACAGUAAGUCAUUAAGAUCAGUGAAUGGGUCAAGAAGAAACAGUGGUUCCUCUCUUGUAUCAAGUUCAUCAGCCUCCAGCAACCUCAGCCACCUGGAGGAAGACUCUUGGAUUCUUUGGGGAAGAAUUGUGAAUGAAUGGGAUGAUGUACGCAAGAAGAAAGAAAAGCAAGUGAAGGAGCUUGUUCGUAAAGGGAUACCCCAUCACUUCAGAGCAAUAGUUUGGCAACUUUUAUGUAAUGCACAGAGUAUGACAAUUAAGGACCAGUAUUCAGAACUCCUGAAAAUGACUUCACCUUGUGAAAAACUGAUCCGAAGGGACAUUGCUAGAACUUAUCCAGAACACAACUUUUUUAAGGAAAAAGAUAGCCUUGGACAAGAGGUUUUAUUUAAUGUAAUGAAGGCAUACUCUUUAGUGGACCGUGAGGUCGGUUAUUGUCAGGGCAGUGCUUUCAUCGUUGGAUUGUUGCUGAUGCAGAUGCCAGAAGAAGAAGCUUUUUGUGUAUUUGUUAAAUUAAUGCAAGACUACAGACUUCGUGAACUAUUUAAGCCAAGUAUGGCAGAAUUGGGCCUUUGUAUGUACCAGUUUGAAUGCAUGAUACAGGAGCAUCUUCCAGAACUCUUUGUACAUUUUCAAUCUCAGAGUUUUCACACAUCAAUGUACGCAUCAUCCUGGUUCCUGACUAUCUUUCUUACAACGUUCCCACUACCAAUUGCAACAAGGGUAUUUGACAUCUUUAUGUCUGAGGGUUUGGAAAUAGUGUUUCGAGUAGGAUUAGCGCUUCUUCAGAUGAAUCAGGCAGAAUUAAUGCAACUUGACAUGGAAGGGAUGUUACAGCACUUUCAGAAGGUCAUUCCACAUCAGUUUGAUGGUGGCCCAGAAAAAUUAAUCCAGUCAGCUUACCAAGUCAAAUACAACUCAAAAAAAAUGAAAAAACUUGAAAAAGAAUACACUACAAUAAAAACAAAAGAAAUGGAAGAGCAAGGUGAAAUUAAAAGGCUACGCACAGAAAAUAGGCUUUUAAAACAGCGCAUUGAAACAUUAGAAAAAGAAAGUGCUUCCUUGGCAGAUAGAUUGAUACAGGGACAAGUGACCAGAGCCCAGGAGGCUGAGGAAAACUACCUCAUAAAACGGGAGUUGGCCACCAUCAAACAACAGACUGAUGCGGCCAGGGCUAAGCUGGAGCAGGCUGAAAGCACCAUCAGGGAGCUCCGGCACCACCGCCACUGGCAUAAAUGCAGUUCCACCUACAACGAAGAUUUCGUGCUGCAGCUGGAGAAGGAAUUGGUUCAAGCCAGACUGAGUGAAGCCGAGUCUCAGUGUGCACUGAAGGAGAUGCAGGAUAAAGUGUUGGAUAUAGAGAAGAAGAACAACUCAUUUCCUGAUGAGAAUAACAUUGCAAGGCUUCAGGAGGAACUCAUUGCUGUGAAGCUGAGGGAAGCCGAAGCCAUUAUGGGUUUGAAAGAACUUCGACAGCAAGUCAGAGACUUAGAAGAGCACUGGCAGCGUCACUUAGCUCGAACUUCUGGAAGAUGGAAAGACCCACCCAAGAAAAAUGCUGUGAAUGAGUUACAGGAUGAGCUGAUGAGCAUUCGCCUUAGAGAAGCGGAAACACAGGCAGAAAUAAGAGAGAUGAAGCAAAGGAUGAUGGAAAUGGAGACACAGAACCAGAUCAAUAGUAAUCAACUUCGAAGAGCAGAGCAAGAGGUGACCAGUCUGCAGGAGAAGGUGUGCUCGCUGUCUGUGAAGAACAAGGGGUUGCUUUCCCAGUUAAGUGAGGCAAAACGCAGACAGGCAGAGAUUGAAUGCAAGAACAAGGAGGAAGUCAUGGCUGUGCGGCUCCGGGAAGCUGAUAGCAUCGCUGCCGUGGCUGAGCUGCAGCAGCACAUUGCCGAGCUUGAGAUCCAGAAAGAAGAAGGCAAGCUCCAAGGACAGCUUAACAGGUCUGACUCUAACCAGUACAUUAGGGAACUGGAGGACCAGAUAGCAGAGCUGACUCGUGAGUAGUCCACAUCAG